CCCGAGCGCUGCAUGUAGCGAGGCUACCCCGUCUGAAGAUUAUGCUGCUUCGGCUCCUGGCCAUCUUGUGACAGACAGGAUGAGACUCUGAAAGAAAAAAAAAAAAUUACGAGCAAAGGAGCGUUUUUAUUUUUUAUUUUUAUUUUUUUUCAUUUUUCACCACCGUACGGCCGCUGACGGGCGAACACGACGAAAGGCACAUAUCCCGUCUGCCGCUGUGUGUUAACUGAAAACACCCCAUACGAGUUGUGGAUUACUCCGAGGACAUCGCACUGAAACCAUGAGCUGGGGGUCAGAGCUAUGGGAUCAGUUUGACAACUUGGAGAAGCAUACACAGUGGGGGAUCGAAUUUGUGGAGAAGUACACCAAAUUUGUCAAGGAGAGAUCGGAGAUUGAAACCAACUAUGCAAAACAAAUUAGGAAUUUAUCAAAGAAGUAUCAACCCAAGAAGAACUCACGAGAAGAGGAGGAGAGCAAGUACACCUUCUGUCGAGCCUUCCUGACCACACUCAAUGAACUAAAUGACUACGCAGGUCAACACGAGGUCAUAGCGGAGAACUUAACGUCUCAAAUCAUCGGUGAGCUUUCACGCUACCUGCAGGAACUCAAGGCCGAGAGAAAAUCGCACUUCCAUGAUGGGCGGAAGGCACAGCAGCACAUUGAGAGCUCGUGGAAACAGCUGGAAUCGUGUAAAAGACGGUUUGAGAGGGACUGUAAAGAGGCAGACAGAGCACAGCAAUACUUUGAGAAGAUGGAUGCUGACAUUAACGUGACUAAGGCUGACGUGGAAAAGGCACGACAGCAAGCUCAGAUGAGACACCAGAUGGCUUCGGACAGUAAGAGCGAUUACUCCUCCUACCUGCGAAAGUUCAACCAGGAGCAGAAUGAUCAUUACUAUACAAUUAUCCCCACAAUAUUCCAGAAACUUCAAGACAUGGAGGAGAGAAGAAUUGACAGGAUAGGAGUUUGCAUGAAGACGUUUUCAGACGUGGACCGCCAAGUGCUGCCCAUCGUGGGGAAAUGUUUAGACGGCAUGACGAAAGCCGCUGAGUCCAUCGAGCCCAAGACUGACUCAAAGCAGGUGGUGGAGUCCUAUAAGUCUGGGUUCGAGCCCCCGGGAGACGUGGAAUUUGAGGACUAUGGCCAGGCCAUGAAGAGGACGGCGUCUGACACCAGCCUGUCCAACUCCAGAGAGGGCAAGGAAAAGCCUGCUGGCAAGAGCAAGGGCAAACUGUGGCCUUUCAUUAAGAACAAGAACAAGCUUAUGUCCCUGUUAACAUCCCCCCACCAGCCCCCACCUGCCCCCCCAGCCUCAUCCCCGCCCUCACCCUCUGCUGUUCCCAACGACCCCCAGUCUCCCAAGCAGCACAAGGAGCCCCUAUCCCAUCGUCUCAACGACUUCAUGACCUCCAAACCCAAAAUGCAUUGCCUCCGGAGCCUGAGGCGAGGGCUUUCUCUCAAGCUGAUCACACUCAAUUCCCACGUCCGGAAUCUCAUUGAGGGUUCUGGACCAGAGGACUUCAGCCACCUGCCACCAGAGCAGAGGAGGAAGAAGCUACAGGGCAAGAUAGAUGAAUUAAAUAAGGACAUUCAAAAAGAGAUGGACCAGAGGGACGCUCUAACUAAGAUGAAAGACGUGUACGUGAAGAACCCACAGAUGGGAGACCCUGCCAGCGUAGACCCUCGACUAUCAGAAAUAGGCCAGACCAUCGAGAAGCUCCAGUGUGAAGUGCAGAAAUUCGAGGGCUGGUUAGUAGAGGUGGAGGAGAGGAUGCCUUCCAAGAGUGAUACACAACGGAGAAGUGGGCUCUAUGAGACCCAGAACAACACAACAGUGAACAACAAUUGUGCACAGGACAGAGAGAGCAGCCCGGAUGGCAGCUACACAGAGGAGCAGAAUUCAGAGACUCAGGUCAAAGCCAACACCCAUCCCAUCCCCACCUCCACAACGCCAGAGUUCGACGAUGAGUUUGACGAUGAGGAGACCUUGCCCACCAUCGGCACCUGCAAAGCCUUGUACCCCUUCGAAGGGCAUAAUGAGGGUACUAUCUCCGUGGCCGAAGGCGAGCUGUUGUACGUCAUAGAGGAAGACAAAGGAGACGGGUGGACACGAGUGCGCAGGAACGAGGACGAGGAGGGAUACGUCCCCACAUCCUACGUUGAGGUCUUUUUGGAAACAAAUGCCAAAGGUGCUAUGACAUACAUUUAAGUCAGCGAGCGAGUUGUUUGUUACUGUGAUUCAGAGAGUGUCCAUUCACAAAUGAAUGGGGCAAAUAAUGUAAAUUCAAGAUUGUUUCUGGUAGCUCAGAGUAGAGAAUACCCUCCACACAGAGACGCGCACACACACUUUUUUUCUUUCCCAGAGGGAAGGACCAAUCAGAUUUGUCCGCCGUGCCUCAUGAUAGUUGGGCCAGAUGUGGCAGACAGUGUGAGUGUGUGUCACUGUGCGCUGUUCACGAGCUCUGAACAAAACAUUUGGUAAUAUUUAGGAAAUGACACUGAAUGCCCGCUGAGCCUGGAGGAUGUUUUGUACAAGAAGUGUGUGAAAAGAAGCUUGUAGUUCCUCUUCUCUAAUACACUGCAGUGCCACCUAGUGGUCAUGCAAAUAAAAUGUGACACCCGCAGUCAAAGCACAGCAUGAUGGGACAAAUCACUCACUGACAAUGAUCACUGUACAUUUCAAACACAGUACUUGAUUUUUUUUUUUAAUCUUUUUUGUUUUUUGUUUUGAUUAAUAAUGUCAGAUUACCAUAUUCCACUCAAAUGAAUAUGCUUUUAAUCAAGAGCCUGAUCCACGACCUCUGUCAAACAUUUGAGCCGGUAUGGUAAUAAAUCAUUGGACUCAGCUGAGUGAAAUGUGUGCGCCAUCUGAAGUGACACUGAACAUCAAGCGAAAGUUCACGUUAUCACGCAAGUUAUUGCGUUUUGGUCACUUGCAGACGAGCAUGCUCGAUGUGCAGUCAUGCGAAUGUAAUUUAAAUCUGCUGUAAGAUAUGAAUACUUAUAAAAAAAAGAUAUUUUUGUAGGUUAAACAGGAAAAAAAAGAAAAAAAGUGCCCCCCUCAAGUGUUGCAUGCUGUAGAUUUAUCACAGUGUUGUUACAACCAGAAAAAGUAGUGAAAGUCAUUAUUAUCCCCUGGUUAGGGUUAAUUUUAUAAAAUGAAUAAUUAAAUUAGUAACUAAUAGUCCCCUUUUAAGAUGUUUUUUUUUUUUUCUUUCUUUUUUAAUCAACCUUUUGAUAAUGAUAGU